AAGUCGUCUUCAUGUGGAUAGGAUUCUCCCAAGUAUGCUAGAGGUGCGCUAAGUCCCACAAAUCAAGUCCCGGACUUUGUUUGGAUGGACUUCAACUUCGGAAAGGGGUCCUAAGCUCGAGAAGAAGGGAAGUGUGCGCGCUUUUCAAGAAUGCCAAAACCUGUGGAAUUGCCCAGCAGUUGUCUGCCCACUAUAAGCCAGAUAGCAAAUUCACUCCUCAUCUACAUUAUAUUAAUAUCAACUCAUACUGCAUCAUCUACGAGUCUUACUAUAAAUGAUAUUAUGCCAGAGGAUCCAAAGCAAUAUGAUAAAAUGAGACCGCCAAAGAAGGAUGGGAAUCCGACUAUAGUUUAUUUCCAUGUAACAGUCAUGGGGCUCGAUUCCAUAGAUGAGAACUCUAUGACCUAUGCAGCUGAUAUAUUCUUUGCACAGACAUGGAAAGAUCACCGGCUAAGACUCCCAGAAAAUAUGACUUCUGAAUACAGACUUCUAGAAGUUGACUGGUUGAAAAAUAUGUGGAGACCAGAUUCGUUUUUCAAAAAUGCCAAGUCAGUCACUUUUCAGACAAUGACUAUACCUAACCACUAUAUAUGGUUAUAUAAGGACAAAACCAUACUUUAUAUGGUUAAGUUGACAUUGAAGCUGUCAUGCGCCAUGAAUUUUAUAAUCUAUCCUCAUGACACGCAAGAAUGUAAAUUGCAAAUGGAGAGUUUAUCACACACCACUGAUGACAUGAUAUUCCAGUGGGACCCGGAUGUUCCCUUAGUGGUUGAUGAAAAUAUAGAACUUCCUCAGCUUCAGCUAGUCAAAAACUAUACUGACGAUUGCUCCCAAGUCUAUUCUACAGGUAAUUUCACUUGUCUAGAGGUGGUGUUUGUGUUGAAACGGAGACUCGGCUACUAUCUAUUCCACACCUACAUACCUACUUGUCUCAUUGUCAUUAUGUCGUGGGUGUCAUUUUGGAUCAAGCCAGAGGCUGCCCCGGCUCGUGUCACCCUAGGCGUCACAUCUCUGCUCACACUGAGCACACAGCAUGCCAAGUCGCAGGCCUCUCUGCCACCUGUAUCGUACCUCAAGGCGGUGGACUCAUUCAUGUCCGCCUGUACUGUGUUCGUGUUUAUGGCACUGAUGGAAUAUUGUUUGGUGAAUAUAGUUUUGGGGGACUCUGAUGCACCCAGACCUCCACCACCCCCCGAGCCCCCCCGUAACACGGACCGUAUCUAUAAUCUUGCUAAGGAGAACUCCCGCAUCCUGCCCGCACCGGGUGUAGGGGUGGGGGGUGUCGGUGGACCCCCUCUACCUCCUCUUCUGCCCCCACCACCGCCUCCUCCACCACCACGUGGUCCCACGGCGGCGCAACGCGCACGAUCGCGUGCCAUUAACAUUGACCGUUUUUCGCGCGUUUUUUUUCCGCUCUUAUUUUUCGUUCUCAACUGUUUCUACUGGAUCAAGUUUGCUGAGUUUCUCUAGAUCUAUUGAUUCUGUUGAUGAAAAUAGACUAUAAAAUUAUGAAAUAAGAAUAAUAGUACCCUCUUAUAGUUUUGGGGAUCCCAUUCUUUUCUACUGGUAAGUGAAAAAUUAGAUUAAAAUGUUUUAAAUAAAAUAAUUAAUAUUAUUAUUUUUAGUUUAUAAAUUAAAUUCGUAUGCUUUUUAUUGGUGGGGAGACCUUUCCGGGAAUGUCCCACCUGAUUAGCAUAUAUUCAUAGAGAAAAAAUAGCAUAAGAAGAUAUCCCAUGGUUUGUAGAAUUUAUUCAAAUUUGGGAAGUUUUAUACCAAGUUAUGGUUUUGUGUAUCAAGUUGAGAUGAUAUUGUAUCAGAUUGUGGUGAUACUGUAUCAUAUUGUGUUGAUAUUGUUUCAUUUAUGGUGACACUAUUUCUCAUUAUUUAUGUGGUGUAUUGCCUGAGUGUCAUUAUCCCAAUAACAAAUGGAAGAAGUUUAGUACGGUAUAUAAUUUCUUUGAAAGGUCAUCAUACCAGGCAUAGAACAAAAAUGUUGGAAAAUUAAUGAAAUCAAUGAAAAAUCAUCAACAUUAUCUUAGCCGGUGGGAAAAUCGAAUAUAAGAACAGUUUAUUCUUUUUUUGU